CAUGGCUUUUGGCAGACUGUUUCUGAAAUACAGAGCGAACAACAAGCGCUUCCUGAGAGCCGAGACUGUGUGAAGCUGGGCCCUCCUGCCGAGGGAGAAGUCGUUCAAGUCAAGUGGCCCGACGGCAAACUCUACGGGGCGAAGUAUUUUGGGUCCAAUGUUGCCCACAUGUACCAGGUUGAAUUUGAAGAUGGAUCCCAAAUAGCAAUGAAGAGAGAAGAUAUCUACACCUUAGAUGAAGAGUUACCCAAGAGAGUGAAAGCUCGUUUUUCCACAGCUUCCGACAUGCGGUUCGAGGACACGUUCUAUGGCGCAGACAUCAUCCAGGGGGAGAGGAAGCGGCAGAGAGUGCUGAGCUCCAGGUUCAAGAACGAGUAUGUGGACGACCCUGUGUACCGCACGUUUUUGAAGAGCUCCUUCCAGAAGAAGUGCCAGAAGAGACAGUAGUCUGUGCACGCCGCUGCCGGCAGAGGAGCGAAGGGGAAGGGUCGGACAGCCUUGGGGCUGUGUGUGUGUUCCCCUGGCAGAGGGGCCUCAGGCUUCCAAAGCGGGGUCACCUGAGAGACAAGAUUACCGACUGGAUGCAGCCAUCUGAAGUCAUCCCUAGGCUGGCUUUCACUUGUGAGCAACUGUCUUCUAUGAUCCCAAAGAAUUUUUCUAAGUGAAAGGAAAUCCCAGCGUCGCGGAGGAGACAAAGCCCCUGCCAGAGAGGAGGCGGGCCCGUGUGUGGCUCAGGCCAGCAUCAGGACACACGGGAAGCCCCUCCCCCGCCUCUGGCGGACGGAACCUCGGCCCGGGUGAUCUCUACCUUUUCCACAGUCAGGGAAGGACUCUCGCUUCUUUGCUCUAAAUGGCAGUUUUUAUAAAGCAUUUUUAAAACACAAGUGGCAUGCAUGGUAAUGGGACUUACCCAUGUGCUCUCUGUAUUUCCCCUGUACAGAGCUCUUACUUUUUAAAUAUUCCUGUUGCUGUCGAUUGUGUCUGAUGAGAGCUGGGUCGUUGGCCUUUGUGAAAUGAAUGUGUUGGCUCCCGAGGAAGGAAUUCUUAUGAAUUGUAAGGGAAUUUUAUAUAUUUAAAGAGUGGGAUCUGGGGCUGUUAUUUUUAAAUAACAUUUUUUUCAAAAUACACAUUCUGGGUAGAUAUUUAUAAAAUAUAUGUUUCUUUCAUUAUGUGUUUGUAAAAUUAGACUUUAAAUAAAUAUGCUUUGAUGCAUAGUUUCGAACUAAUGUAACAUGAUUUUUCCUUUUUAAAACAGCCUGAAAAUGUACUGGUGUUUAAAAAUAAAGAUUUCCGUUUUCUCCA